GCCUAGCAGCGGCCCCGCCCCCUGCCCACUCGGCGGCGUCUCGCACCGACUGGACCCGGAGCCUCUGCGCUCGGGAAGAGUCCGGCGAGGGCUCCCGACGCGUGGUCAGGAUGUCGGGGCGCACGCGCGCUGCCAAGAUGCUCCCAGGCCCCUGCUCCGCCCUCCUGCUCUGGGGCCUCCUGGGGGCCGUCCACGCUCAGCAGCAGGAGGUCAUCAGCCCCAGCACCUCCGAGAGGAACAGCUGCCCAGAGAAGGCCGACUGCCCGAUCCACGUGUACUUCGUGCUGGACACGUCGGAGAGCAUCACCAUGCAGUCCCCCACCGACAGCCUGCUCUACCACAUGCAGCAGUUCGUGCUGCAGUUCAUCAGCCAGCUGCAGGACGAGCUCUACCUGGACCAGGUGGCCCUGAGCUGGCGCUACGGCGGCCUGCACUUCUCCGACCUGGUGGAGGUGUUCAGCCCGCCCGGCAGCGACCGGGCCUCCUUCACCAAGAGCCUGCAGGGCAUCAGCUCCUUCCGCCGCGGCACCUUCACCGACUGCAUGCUGGCUAACAUGACCCAGGAGGUCCGGCGGCACGUGGGCAAGGGGGUGGUCAACUUCGCGGUGAUCAUCACCGACGGCCACGUCACGGGCAGCCCGUGCGGGGGCAUCAAGCUGCAGGCGGAGCGGGCCCGCGAGGAGGGCAUCCGGCUCUUCGCGGUGCCGCCCAACCUGAAGCUGAACGAGCAGGGCCUGCGGGACAUCGCCAACACGCCGCACGAGCUCUACCGGAACAACUACGCCACCAUGCGGCCCGACUCCACCGAGAUCGACGAGGACACCAUCAACCGCAUCAUCAAGGUCAUGAAACAUGAAGCCUACGGAGAGUGCUACAAGGUGAGCUGUCUGGAGAUCCCCGGGCCCCCCGGCCCCAAGGGCUACCGCGGACAGAAGGGCGCCAAGGGCAACAUGGGUGAGCCCGGAGAGCCUGGACAGAAGGGGCAACAGGGAGAUCCAGGCAUCGAAGGCCCCAUUGGAUUCCCAGGACCCAAGGGUGUUCCUGGUUUCAAAGGAGAGAAGGGCGAGUUUGGAGCCGAAGGGCGGAAGGGCGCCCCCGGCCUGGCGGGCAAGAACGGGACGGAUGGACAGAAGGGCAAGUUGGGGCGCAUCGGACCUCCUGGCUGCAAGGGAGACGCCGGGGAUCGGGGCCCAGAUGGUUACGUGGGGGAAGCCGGCAGCCCUGGGGAGCCGGGAGAUCAAGGCUCCAAGGGGGACCCUGGCCGCCCGGGACGCAGAGGGCCCCCUGGGGAAAACGGGGCAAAAGGAAGCAAGGGCUACCAAGGCAACACCGGAGCCCCAGGAAGUCCCGGUCUGAAAGGAGCCAAGGGUGGGCCUGGGCCCCGAGGCCCCAAAGGCGAGCCUGGGCGCAGGGGAGACCCUGGAAUCAAGGGCAGCCCAGGCAGCGAUGGCCCCAAGGGCGAGAAGGGGGACCCUGGCCCUGAGGGGCCCCGGGGCCUGGCUGGAGAGGUUGGCAACAAAGGAGCCAAGGCAAACCGAGGUUUACCUGGACCCAGAGGUCCCCAAGGGACUGUUGGAGAGCCCGGGAAGCAGGGAUCUCGGGGAGACCCUGGGGAUGCUGGCCCCCGCGGAGACUCGGGACAGCCUGGCCCCAAGGGAGACCCCGGCAGGCCUGGCUUCAGCUACCCGGGACCCCGAGGAGCACCUGGAGAGAAGGGCGAGCCUGGCCCCCGCGGCCCCGAGGGGGGCAGAGGUGACUUUGGGUCCAAAGGGAAACCCGGGAGGAAAGGCCAGAAGGGCGAGCCUGCAGAUCCUGGUCCCCCUGGUGAGCCAGGCCCGCGGGGGCAGAGAGGAGCGCCAGGACCCGAGGGAGAGCCUGGCCCCCCAGGAGACCCCGGCCUCACGGAGUGCGACGUCAUGACCUACGUGAGGGAGACGUGCGGGUGCUGUGACUGUGAGAAGCGCUGUGGCGCUCUGGACGUGGUGUUCGUCAUCGACAGCUCCGAGAGCAUUGGCUACACCAACUUCACCCUGGAGAAGAACUUCGUCAUCAACGUGGUCAACAGGCUGGGGGCCAUCGCCAAGGACCCCAAGUCGGAGACGGGGACCCGCGUGGGCGUCGUGCAGUACAGCCACGAAGGCACCUUCGAGGCCAUCCAGCUGGACGACGAGCGCAUCGACUCACUGUCCAGUUUCAAGGAGGCCGUCAAGAACCUUGAGUGGAUCGCGGGCGGCACCUGGACGCCCUCAGCCCUCAAGUUCGCCUACAACCAGCUCAUCAAGGAGAGCCGGCGCCAGAAGACCCGCGUGUUCGCGGUGGUCAUCACAGAUGGCCGCCACGACCCCCGCGACGACGACCUCAACCUGCGGGCGCUGUGCAACCACGACGUGACGGUGACGGCCAUCGGCAUCGGGGACAUGUUCCACGAGAAGCACGAGAGCGAGAACCUAUACUCCAUCGCCUGCGACAAGCCGCAGCAGGUGCGCAACAUGACGCUUUUCUCCGACCUGGUGGCCGAGAAGUUCAUCGACGACAUGGAGGACGUGCUGUGCCCGGACCCCCAGAUCGUGUGCCCGGAACUUCCCUGCCAAACAGAUGGACCGCGGCCUGGCGGCGAGCCCCCGGUCACCUUCCUCCGCACGGAAGAGGGCCCGGACGCCUCCUUCCCCAGGACCAUCCCCCUGAUCCAAAAGUUGCUAAACGCCACGGAGCUCACACAGGACCCAGCCGCCUACUCCAGGCUGGUGGCUGUGCUGGUCUACACCGCGGAGCGGGCCAAGUUCGCCACAGGAGGCGAACGGCAGGACUGGAUGGACCUGUUCAUUGACGCCUUUAAGCUGGUGCACAGGGACAUCGUGGGGGACCCCGAGACCGUGCUGGCGCUCUGCUGAGCCCACAGGGUGCGGCUCCCCAGCUGCAGGAGCUCCCAGGGGCUGCCUACCUUACACUGCGGGGCUGAAGACAGCAGGAAGCUGUUCUCUUGGUCUGGAGGCCGGAAGUCCAAAAGCAAGGUGUCCCAGGGCCGCGCGCCCUCUGGGCCUCUAAGGGAGGCCCUUCCUGCCUCUCCAGCUCCCAUCUCUGCUCUGUGGACACCUGGCCUCUCCCCUUCCCCCCCGCCCCGCCCUGCCCCAGCCUCCCUCCUACAGGGACACUUGUGUGGCAUUUAGGGCCGGAUAAUCCAGGAGGGUCUCCCCAUUUCAAGGGAAUUAUUAAUCGAAUUCCGUCUGCAAAGCCCUUUUGCCAUGUAAGGUCAUAGUCACAGGCUCCAGGAUUAGGACGUAGGCAUCUCUUCGGGGCCAUUAUUUAGCCGAAAAGAAAGAGGGAAGACCAGAGCCUCAUAAACGGCCCCAACUCCCGGAUUCACCUCUGGUCUCUGUGCCCAGGUCACCCCUUGUGCGCUUCUCUCGCCCCCCUGGUUGAUAUAUCGAGAACCCCCCCAAACCAGCAGUCCCUGCGUUUCUGACUCUGACCACAGGGACUUAGAGGCCCAGGGGCACACAGGGAAUUCGCUGGGCAGUUUCAGCUCCAGCUCCAGCUCUGUGGGUUUAAGCCAAAGCUGCUCUUCAUCUGCACUGCCGUAUAAAUAAGCUCCUUUAAAAAAAAAAAUCUGCCAGAAACACUCGCUCCUCCGCGGGUAGCCCAGUACUGCAGGUGACACACCCAAGAGUGUCCUUCAGGUGCUGUGAGCACAUCUCAUACAUUCUAUAAAAGCUGAAAAACAAGGAGUGUGAAUGUGUGCUGUGGUCAGCGACCUGCUGGGGCGAACUGCUUGCUCGCCUGGACCUCGGGGAUUGCCCAUGCAGGGGGGCACCUGGUGCCUGCGGGGCCCACGCGGGAUCCUGAGCCCCUCGUGGUUGGUGCCACAGGUCAGGACCUCCUUCCGAUGGGAUCCCUGUGCUCCCGACCCUGGGUCAGCAUGCCUGGGCUGUGAGCGGAGUCCCCUCCUGCCCAGGUCAGGAGGGUGCCCAUGGGGCUGAGAGCUGGACCCACGAGGGAGGACCAGCCCCGCCGCUGCCGAGCCCCGUCGGCCGUUAGAGCUGAGAUCUCGGGAGGGGCUUGGCUGCGCGUUCCUGGACGGAGACCCAGCCUGUGGUCCCGUGUGCGGAGUGGGUUUUCAGGCUGUGCAGAGGCGCCCACGUCCCUCAGAGGCCCAGCCUCAGCCCUGGUGGCAGCCUUGCCCUCACACUGUCCAGUAUGUCCUGGGCUGGUGACUGCCCGGAAGAGGCAAGGGUCUCAGGUAAACGGGGAGUCACCCGGGCUGCCACACCUGUGCCCACUGCCCACCAAAGCCUGAGCCAGUCGAGGGGACACAGGCCCCUUCUCUCCCUGAUGCUCCCAGGGCUGGGAGAAAUACGGCCCAGCCUCCAGGGGUGGGUCCUCGCAUCUGGGGAUCUCCAUGAGGUCUUUGUACACGAUCACAGGUGUGAUGACACCUCUCUCCCCCACCCCUACUCCCCAUGCCCUGUGGUCCUUUGGGCGCAUCCAGUUCUUGGGCCAAAAGAAGGGGCUUUACUGAUCCCUGCCUGCCUGCCCGCGAGGCCUGAAGGAGGUCGCUGGGCAGCGAUGGUGCUGGGAGAGUGGAAAGGGACCCCUCGGCCUCAGGUUUGGGGACAUUUCCUGGUGGGAGCACAACCAGGAGAGACGGUGUCGGUCCCAGGGAGACAGGGUGGGAGCCUGGACCCACGUCCUGGGUGCUGUGGAGGGCUCCCGACCGCCGGUGACCUUGGGUGAGGCUCCAGCGGUCUGAGUGGCUCCUGUGGGUGCGGCAUGCGCCGAGAGGCGGGUGCAGGGCGUGGCCGGGGCGGGCGUGGCCCGGGGGGCG